UAUAUUAUCUCUUAUCACAAACAAAGUAUAAAUGCGGUAUAAAACUCACAAACACCGUGCUGAAGUGCUCAGUAGUGCUGAUAGCUUUGUCAUAUUGGAAACAAAGCUAUUACAUAGAACAAAAGGCAUUGUUGAUUACGUGUAGUUAAAAUGGCAAGUAAUUUAAGAUUUGCCAUUGAACGAGUACAAAACUUUGCCCAAACUGCAUACAAUGGAGUUGUAUUGAUAACAUCGCCAUCGACAAAAAUUCCAUCUGUUUUUCAAUCUGCGAUAAGUGCAGCUGCAUCCUUAGAUAAAAAUUUUGAAAAGGAAGUGACAAUUUUACCGGUGGAUAAUAUUGCUGGCGGACGGUUAAUUCAUGCAUCUACAGGGAAGAUUGAUCCUGAUUAUGAUGAUGUUCGUAUUUUUAAAGAUACGGCUUAUAAAGCAAUUAAACGUGCACUGUCAGCAGGCGUUACUAAACCAAUAAUUGUUGUUGAUAAAUAUGAACCAUUUAAGAAUUGUGAACUUGUCACUUUGUUAGGAGCUUUAGAAGCACUUUAUGUGCCGUUGGAAGUGCGAGAAGAUGUACCUUCCAAAGCAAAAAAAGUUGACGCCUUAGGGGUAUACUCAUCAAAUCCCAGCAUUGAUGAAAUAAUAACGUUGGCUAAAAAUUUAGAAUCUGGAUUGAUUGUUGCUAGGGAUAUUGGUGGAUCUGAUCCAGAACGCAUGGCUCCACCAAAAGUUCAAGAAUAUGUUGAAAAUGAAUUUAAUUCAUCAAAUAUUUCCAUUGAUGUAGUUUCCGAUAGUAAAGAGCUUAAAGCUAAGUUUCCAUUAUUCCAAGCCGUAAACCGAUGUGCCGAACACGUAGAGCGCCACAAAGGUCGUAUUAUCUUUUUAACAUAUAAUCCUAGCAAUGAUGGCGACAUUCCGAAAAAAAAUUAUUACUUAGUCGGCAAAGGUGUUACAUAUGACACCGGUGGUGUUGAUAUUAAAGCCGGAGGUGUUAUGCAAGGAAUGUCACGUGAUAAAUGUGGUGCAGCUGCUGUAGCUGGAUUUAUGAAAGUAGUAUCACUGUUAGCACCUAGAAAUGUGAAAAUUGUAGGAAUUAUGUGUAUGGUACGAAAUAGUGUUGGAUCUGAUGCAUACGUCUCAGAUGAGAUAAUAACAGCUCGAUCUGGUGCACGUGUUCGAAUUGGUAAUACAGAUGCGGAAGGUCGUAUGGCUAUGGCCGAUUCUUUAUGUUACGUAAAAGAAUUAGCUGAAAAAUCCCCACAAAAUACUCAUUUAUAUACCAUUGCAACAUUGACAGGUCAUGCUAUACGUGCUAUGGGUAAGGGAUACAGUAUUGUUCUUGAUAAUGGUCCAGCACGAAAACAAGGACACGAUUCUCGAUUAUCACAAAUAGGUGUAGAAAUUGCAGAUCCAUUUGAAAUUUCUACUUUACGUAAAGAAGAUAUUCAAUUCCAUGAAGCAAAAUCGGAAGGGGAUGAUAUAAUACAAGCUAAUAAUUUACCAUCUACUAUGACAGCGCGUGGGCAUCAAGGUCCUGGUGGUUUCUUACUUUUAGCAUCUGGUUUGGUUAACAAUGGUAGUGGUUCUGAGAAACCAAUUGCUUACAGCCAUUUAGAUAUUGCUGCAUCAGGUGGCUUUUUACCAGAAAAUGCAACAGGCGCACCUAUUUUAGCGCUAGUUUCAGCUUUAUUAUUGAAUAAUUAAUACUUUUUUUUUUCUUUAAAAAGGGGGGGAGGAAUGGCGUGAUUUAUUAUUAUUGUACUUAUAUUGUAUGAGGGUUUACAAAGGUUAUUAUUAUUGCAAAAGCCUUUUUUUUAUAAUUUUUAGGUUUUUUUGAAUAAAUUGUUAUUAUAUAUU